AUGUUCUGGGGAAAGCAUCACGACGACACGCCCGAAGCGGCCCAACAACAGCCCAUUCCUCGCAAGAAGCUCCCUUCACAUUUGCAAAAACUAGCCGACAACGAUGACAGUUUUUAUGAUGACAUUUAUUCCUCAUACUCCGUAGACUCCACCGAAACCCCCUACCGCUACGCCGGAUACGCCAACCGACUCCGCACCGUCUUACUCUCCGCCCACCGCUACGUCGCCUACACCUCCGACAUAGGCGAAUCCUUUCGCCCCGUGGCGCACCCCUGGCUAGUGCGAUCCGCCUACGGCAUUUCCUGGACCUAUCUAAUCGGCGAUGUCGCCCACGAAGGCUACAAAGCCUACCUCCGCAAUCGCCGCGUCCUAGCGCCUCCCUGCGAGGCCUACAAAGAUGCCAGCGACCUUACCCACGAGCAAGUCGCCAAGGGCAUGGUAACCGGCAACAUCGCCGGCUCUUUAACAGGCAGUAGCAGCAGCGAUACGCUGAUGCCAUGGCCCACGACUCACGUUCCCCUGGCUGAGGACUACCGCACGGUUAUGGCCCAGCGCGCCGUGUUCCAAGGUAUCGCCAGUAUGGGUCUUCCGGCCUUUACCAUCCACUCCGUGGUCAAGUACUCUGGGCGCAUGCUGAAGAACUCCCGGAGUGUCUUUUUCCGUACUUGGGCGCCUAUCGGGCUCGGUCUCUCCGUCGUGCCUUUCCUCCCAUACCUAUUCGACAAACCCGUCGAAGAGGCCGUCGAAUGGGCCUUCCAUACCGGACUUCGUGCCUAUGCCGGUGAAGAUGCCGUCCGUCCGUUGCCUCAGGCCGUGAGGACGCCUCAUGACGAGGAGACCUCCCUCAGCCAUUUCCUCCGGGCCCAGGCUGAGAAGAAUAAUGGCGAGGUCAUGGGCUACGAUGCGAACGUCUCCUGGGAGAAGUAUAAGGAGGAACGCCGUCGAGCGAAGGAGCAGCGCAUGCAGGAGCGUGAACAGCGCGGCGAGAGGGGUCCGUUGGCGUUGUUGGGUUUCGGGUCGAAUUCGAAAGAAAAGAAAGAGUGA